GAGUCGGUCGCCUCUAAGGUCGCGCUCGCCAUGUUGUGGAAUUGGAGUGGGUAGCAAAGGUAUAAGUAGCAGCUCGCUCUGGGUAGCUAUUUGACAUGAUAUCGGAUAUUCUUCUGUUGCUGGAGUUGACCAGUCGACUGAGAACCCUGCGCAGUUCUCACAGUAUGAUGGGCUCAGCUGAGCUGACAUUCUCAGCAUCUGCCAAUCGUGUCGUUGAACAUGCCGACUCCAUCGCAUCCAUCACCUCCAGCGAGCGGGAAUCAUAUCGAGCAUAUCAUUGUUGUGUGAGAGCUCCCGUAACAUCGGGAACAUGUCUUCCCAUACAUGAAUCGGGAGGCACAUGAUGCGCAUUGAGCCAGCGCACUCGUUCCAAACCAGAAGCUGCCUGUGCAUGGCAUCUGCGCUACGAUCGUCAAGCGAAGAUGAUCCAUCGCAGCAUUUAUGCAGAAGCAAUCCAUCGGGUGAGAAGGCAGACGCGUUGCCAGCGCAUCUGGGCCCCCGGGGUGCCGAUAUUGGUGUCGCGUCGCCAGCCGCGGCUACAAGGAGGUGGCACAGCUGUGUAUGAUCUAAGCUGAAACAGAUCGUUCAAUGGUGCCCAGAGUCCGUCUUGUUUUCAUCGUAGGCAAGCUAGGCACUGAUUUGAGAAUCGGCGGUUGGAUUUUG